AAGAAGAAGAAAUGAAAAAGAAUGAGCUAUUGAGGCUGGAGAUAUAGCUUGGUGGUUGAGAGCACUUCUCGACCUGGCCGAGGACAUGGGUUCACCCACAUGGCAGCUCACAACUGUCCAUAACCCCAGUGCCAGGAGAUCCAAUGUCCCUUUCUGGGCACCAGCAGGUUGCAGGAGAGGCUGGUCCACGGAGUCGUAGCCAGGUGCGCAAGGACGCCUUUUGCCCUGGCGGACACCCUCAGCCUACGCAGCUCCGCGCGCCGCCGAUACACCUCGGAGCUCCCGGAGCGCGCCUUGCGCCCAGGGCUGGGCGGCAGGUGCUUUGCCGCGCAGACUCCCCGGCCGCGGGGACCGGCUUGGGCUCGGCUGGCUCCCGAGGGCGAGGACGCGGUGUGCGGUGUUCACCGGCCACACUGGCCGCCUGGUGCUCCGCGAGGGGCGUGUGCCCGAGCCGCGCACCCGCGGGCUCCAUGUUCACCGAGCUGAGGUCAAAGCUGAGCCCCCCGCGAGCUCGCGCCGGGGCUGUGCGUACAGGCUUCGGGGAGCGCCCGGAUGUGGACGGUGAGCUGGGAUGGACCCAGGCACAGGAAUACCCCUCUGCCCAUUUCAGCUUCUGCCAGACCCUCCUAGAGCACACAGUAUCAGCUGAGAACAUACCCUGCCACCUGCCUCGGACACCAGGCACCAGCCUCACAUGGCAUGACUCCCGCAGCCAGAGGGCAUCCGGCAGCAGGCCAAUCAAGCUUCUGCAGCAGCCAGGCUCGGAGACCCCCCAGGCCCGGCUGUACUCUGAUCACUAUGGCUUGUACCAUACAAGCCCUCCCCUGGGUGGCCUGACAAGGCCAGUGGUCUUGUGGAGCCAGCAGGACGUUUGCAAGUGGCUUAAGAAGCAUUGUCCUCACAACUACCUCGUCUAUGUCGAGGCCUUCUCUCAGCACGCCAUCACUGGCCGAGCUCUGCUUAGACUGAAUGCAGAUAAGCUGCAGAGAAUGGGGUUGACCCAAGAGGCUCAGAGGCAGGAGGUGCUGCAGCAGGUGCUCCACCUGCAGGUUCGUGAGGAGGGGCGGAGCCUGCAGCUGCUCAGCCAAGCUUCCUUCGGAAACAUGUCCUAGCUGCUGCCUAUACUUGGACCCCAGACCCCAACACUGUGACCAGAGCCCACAGCCAAGGAUGAGGCAGAGCUGGCCCUACAGCCCCUUUGGAUCCUGCAGGAUACCCUAGUGGCUAAACCUAGCCCAGUGAACAGUGAGGGACAGUACUGCCACCUCCGGGUGCCUCUGGAGAGGCACUACAGGUUCUGCCCUGUGGCUGGGUGGGUGGUGGCUGCCUGCUUAUAACCCUUUCUUCUGGGAUCCACGCCCAGGCCCAUCCCCUGGUGCUGCUGGCAGCAAACAGGGCAGCUGCCUGGAGCUAGAGUGGGGUUUGAAUGUCCCCAGACUCCCAGGGAGUCUGUUUAUUUAUGCUCCCUCCAACGUGUGACCGUUUCCUAUCUGAGUCAUGAAUCCUCCUCCUAAGUCUUUUAGUUCUGUGUCUUCCCCAGGCACGACCAGGUCAGCCACACAGUGGGACAAGCUGUCUUGGCUCUCUUUCAGCUGUAUCCGUCAUCCUCUGGCUCUCCCAGAAUACAGCCGGCCCGACCUGCUGUCCACAGUGAUGGCCAUCAGUUCAGCUAGGCAUCGUGCCAUGUGCUUCACCUAGUCGUUAUGAAACUCAGCAUACCCUGUCCACUCGUGAGAAGUGAAGUUGAGAGGGGCCCAAGAUGUUCACACUGCGAUGCCAGUAUAUGGCACACAGAUCCCAGUGC